AAACCUUUCUCUUCUCUGCUAACGAGAAAACAAAAGCUAUCGUCUUUGCUACUACUACUACUACUAUUAUUACAUUGAAUCCUUUGUGUUCUUCUUCUUCAGCUGCUACUUUGUUCGAGUGCUUUCUUACAUGCCGUCGGAGAUUGUUGACAGGUUUGUUUGUUACAUUUUUCGAUUUUUCUCCGUUUUUUUUCCUCUCUUCUGUAUGUUUGCUAAAUGUGAUUGUUCAUUGUUAGGGUUUAAGAUUUUCUUUUUAUCGAUUUUUGUUGUUUUGUGUGUAUAUCCUCCAAGUUCCUUUGUUUGUGUAAUAGGUGGAAGCUGAAAGGUUUUUCAAUUUUAGGGUUUUUGGGGUUUUUUGUUGACUGAAAUUUGUUAAUUUGGGGCACAAUUUGUCUCUUUUGGAUUGAGUUCUGUGCGAUUUGUGGAUUCUAGUUCGUGUGUGGUUAAGAGACUUGGAAAUUAGAGGAUUUUUAGCUAAAAUAAUCGUUAAAGGUGGUACCUUUCCUGAUACAGAAGUUAGAUUAUGGAUUCUAUGUUGAAUCUUUAGGUGAUUCUCUGUUUCUGAGUUUGCUCUGUUCUAGUUUCUUAAUCUGUUCGUGAUGGAGUUUCUUUCUUGCUCGCUGUGAUGCUGCAGAUUAUGAAAACUUCUUCUUGUAGCUACUUCGGUGUAAUUACGUUCAGGUGGUUAAAAAUUGUUUCUUUGAAAGGAAAAGGAAGUCUCGUGGAACACGAGAUGUAGCUGAGAUUCUAAGGCAAUGGAGAGAGUACAAUGAGCAGAUUGAGGCAGAAUCUUGUAUCGAUGGUGGUGGUCCAAAAUCAAUCCGAAAGCCUCCUCCAAAAGGUUCGAGGAAGGGUUGUAUGAAAGGUAAAGGUGGACCUGAAAACGGGAUUUGUGACUAUAGAGGAGUUAGACAGAGGAGAUGGGGUAAAUGGGUUGCUGAGAUCCGUGAGCCAGACGGAGGUGCUAGGUUGUGGCUCGGUACUUUCUCCAGUUCAUAUGAAGCUGCAUUGGCUUAUGACGAGGCGGCCAAAGCUAUAUAUGGUCAGUCUGCCAGACUCAAUCUUCCCGAGAUCACAAAUCGCUCUUCUUCGACUGCUGCCACUGCCACUGUGUCAGGCUCGGUUACUGCAUUUUCUGAUGAAUCUGAAGUUUGUGCACGUGAGGAUACAAAUGCAAGUUCAGGUUUUGGUCAGGUGAAACUAGAGGAUUGUAGCGAUGAAUAUGUUCUCUUAGAUAGUUCUCAGUGUAUUAAAGAGGAGCUGAAAGGAAAAGAGGAAGUGAGGGAAGAACAUAACUUGGCUGUUGGUUUUGGAAUUGGACAGGACUCGAAAAGGGAGACUUUGGAUGCUUGGUUGAUGGGAAAUGGCAAUGAACAAGAACCAUUGGAGUUUGGUGUGGAUGAAACGUUUGAUAUUAAUGAGCUAUUGGGUAUAUUAAACGACAACAAUGUGUCUGGUCAAGAGACAAUGCAGUAUCAAGUGGAUAGACACCCAAAUUUCAGUUACCAAACGCAGUUUCCAAAUUCUAACUUGCUCGGGAGCCUCAACCCUAUGGAGAUUGCUCAACCAGGAGUUGAUUAUGGAUGUCCUUAUGUGCAGCCCAGUGAUAUGGAGAACUAUGGUAUUGAUUUAGACCAUCGCAGGUUCAAUGAUCUUGACAUACAGGACUUGGAUUUUGGAGGAGACAAAGAUGUUCAUGGAUCUACAUAAGAUUUCAAAUUUCGUUUGACUGGCCUAAGUUUGUGAUUCUGCUCCGAGACGGUGUAGCUGUUACUAGCUAGAAGCUGCCCUUCUUUGAAGCUACUGAUACUUUCUGAUAUUAAUGGUUGUGAGACGUAGUACAUGUAGUUAGGUAAUGUAGGACAAGUUCAAAUAUGAUUCCUUCUUUCUUUUUCUUGUGAAUACAUAUGACAUAUGAAGAAGUUCAAACGUUGGGUUUAGAAAAAGUUUAUAACAUUCGGUACAUAUCAAAGUUUUGAACUUCGGAUGCAUAUAAGCUAUAAAGUUUUGAUCUUUGAACUUUGGAUACUCUCACAUCUAAUUUUCAUCCUUAAGAAUGGAGAUGGAAUAAUGCGAUGUUGCGUAGUGGUUUUAUUGACUUGGCAAGUUUUGAUUAUUCAAGAAACUUGGCUUAGUUUAAUGGAAAUAUCCAGUAGUGGAGUUUUUUGGUCUGCAGACUUUCCUCAGGUUGUCUGAGAUUACAUAAGCAAUGAGG